UUUAUCAAGCACUAGCGUGUAUGAACAUUUUUAUUGCCUUUUUGCGUGUGUGAGUGUGUAUGCCUACGGGUGUUUUGUGCUAGUUUGCGAACGAAUAUCUGUCCUGAGAUUUAUGUGUGGGUGUUUUUGUUGUGUGCGAAAUACUUGUAAUCACAGUGUGUGUAUGUGUAGAAAUUAAAAUAGUGGGGAUGAAGCGGCGACACUGGUUCUAAUACAAAAUUAGAGCAAAGGCCUUUCCAACCUUAUUUAUCUAUUCCGUGGCUAAUUUACUCGUCGAGCCCUUCGUCGCAAGCAACGGGUUCGAUGAGAACGAUGACCGGGGAGACCAGUCCAGAAAAGUCUCAGUAAAUGACCACCAUUUUGCUGGGAUUAUAUUUCGUCUCAUCUCAUCUCAAGUCAUCUCGUCAUUCAUUUCGUUUUCGUUUCUAUAUCAUUUAUCUCAAUACAAGUUUUCAUUAAAAUUAGAAUAAAACUUGACUUAAAGGUCUUACUUACAAGGUUAUAAAUUCCCUUAAAAAAAUGUAGUACCUACUGAAUUAAUCUGUGAAACACAGAUUAAUUUUAAGUAAUGGUUAUAAAUAGAUCUUUUUUUAUUGGUGUUUUAAGAUGAAACUGGACGAAAUCUUUCGAAAUAAACACCAAAAAAUAUACGGAAUCAAAAAACACGGCCGUUUGAUCCAUUCCACCUCUUAAAUACGGCACUUUACAUCUACAGGAAACAAAUCAACGGAGUUUUUGUAUUAUCUUUUAAAUUCACCUAAACCACAUAAUUUAAACGAAGUUAUCACUGUAAAUAUUGAUAUUUUAAAUUCGAACCACGUCAUACUAACAGGAAAUUACAGUUGCUGUUAAUAUGGAUAAGUCGAGAGGUUUAAAUUUUUUCGAACUCUGUAGACUAUGUCUGAAUGAGCAUGGAACUGUUGAUGUUUUUCAUACGAAUCAUCUCGCUGAGGAGAUAUUUUUGCUGACCACGAUCACAAUUUCUACGAUGGAUAAACUACCACAAAAAGUAUGUCAGAAAUGUGUAGAUGUAAUACAAGAUGCAAAUAAACUGAGAAAUUUGGCUCUAAGAAAUGAGUCUAAUUUGCAAUGCCUGUUUGGCGAUGAAAGUAGGGAUGAAAUUACAGAUGAGUUGAAUCAAAUCAAGAGUCACAUAGUGAAUAAUUUCAAUGAAAGCGAGUCAACAGUUGAAAAGGUUAAAAACAAAAAAGACAAAAGAAAAAAUGAAAAUAACUCUACACAUCAUCAGCAAACGUUGCCGGAAAGAAAUACUUCAAGGAACAAGACGAAAUCAGAAACACAUUUAAAGAGCAAGCGACGGCGUGACUCCGAAAAUGAAGACGUCUUAUAUGUGUGCGGGGAUUGUAAUAAGAACUUCGAGACGUGGAAGAAACUGUACCACCACCAGCGGUCGCACACCAAGAGCAUGGCGUGUCCGCUGGAGGCCUGCGGGAAGGCGUUCGCAACUAAAGGCGAUUUAGAGAAACACAAGCGCACGCACACCGGAGAGAAACCUUACCAGUGCGAGAUAUGUGAGAAGUGUUACACACAAAGAGUCACGCUAAAAGUCCACAAGGAAACGGUCCAUGGAGUCCAGGCUACCGCGGCGACCAGUCGGGACCAUCCUAAACCGGCCAGUGGUCAAGGGACCACGAAACUUGGUGCAAAGUUAAAAAACACCUGAACUCUUUGGAGCCCUCCAAAGAUAUUGAGUCGAUUUUGAAAAACUCCUAAGAGUUGAAUGUACCCCGAAAAAUAAAUGAAAAUAAUUUCGUUGCUAUAACUUUAAUUAUCUCAGUGGAAUCUGGUUAUGAAAAUCAAUAAUCUACUUAGCUCAAAUCCUCUUAAUCAUGAUGUGAAGGUGCGGGAAAAAAUACACUGUAAUCAACUCGUAACUUUGAGUUUUGUUUCGAUCUUUUAUAAAAUAAUUUAUCUUUAGUCAAAGGUUUUUUAGUGUACUUUGAAAAGAACUGACUGCUUUGUGUAUUUAUUAUUUUUUUGAAGUGUAUUUUAAGAGCACAUUAAACUUAUCAGUUUUCAACAAAAACCAGUUUUCAAUCUCAGAUAUAAUAUUUAGGCUUGUUUUACAACCUUUUCUAGGUAAUUCUUUUAUUGUAUGAACAUUUGUAUACAUGACUAGAUUUUUUAAAAAGCCUCUAUUUUUUAUUUUACUUAGUAUAUUUUAGAAUAUUUUUAAAAUAGAACUACUUUUGUAGUAGUGGACAGUGGCAUGGCUUUGCCCGUGGCAUGUCCAUGAGCAAUGGGAGCACUUACCAUUGUGGGGCCGUAUGUAUAUCAGCCUACAAGGGCAAUAAAAAAACUGCAUCUCUAGAGAUCAUCUCUAGUUGCAUUAUUUAUUUUCAAAGAAACGUUUUUUAAGCAAAGCUUGCUAAGAUUUGAGGGAUACACUUUCAAGAAAUUCCCUCCUGUAGGUAGUAUAAUUCUCUCUGAAAAAUCAAAGAUUGUUUUGCAAGUUUUUGUUAAUUCGCUCUUUAUUUCUGUUGGUGAAUUGUACUUAAUAAUAAGGUAAAUUAUACUUAAUAAUAAGGUAAAUUAUAAACAAAUUGUUCCGGAAUCUGAUGAUAUUGGAAGAAAUGCGGAGAAAUUGUCGAUAUCGAUAUAUUAAAAAAAAAAAAGUACCUUUCUUCAUUUCCGGCUCUGUCCGAAUACUAGAACCAUAGAAGCGAAAUAAAAAAAUUAUAAUAUUAAAAA